AUGAUUAAUUUGAAUCGUUUGGCCUCCUUUCAACGACAAGCUCAUUUUCCGCUAUGGACUCGAAUGAAAACGAGUAAUUUUUUGAUUUACUUCUCUCCAUUCCGAGUGGUGAAUGACUGUAACACAAACCAUUCAUCAUCAUCAUCAGGGAGUAAAUAUUACUCUCAUCAUCAAAAUCAAUUUUAUUUAUUUUCAUGUUCGCAACAACAACGAGAAUUUCAUCAUCAUGGCAUCUCUAAAAUGUCCUCUACUGGUACCGGAACCUUUUCUAUUGAUCCAAACAAAUUUAAACUUAUUGAGUCUGUUUUUAAUCAAUUAGUAAAUGUGGAUAUUGUUCAAUUAUUUGAAAGAGUAUCAAAAUACAAAGAAGAGUCUACAAGAUUAGGAUUGGAACGAUUACAGAACAAGAUAUUAGGCAUAGAACCUAAAUCUUUGGAAGUGAAAAUUGAUCCACUUCCGCAAGAUAUUAAAGCAAGAAUAUUGAAGAGUUUGGAAAUUUUGGUUUCACUUCCAAUCUCAGAGGAACAAUCAGAACCUAACCAAAGAAUUAAAUAUUUCAAGAGUCAAGGGCUGAAAGCAUUCGGAGUCAUUUACUCGGAGUUUUAUCCAUGGUUUGAAAUUGAAAGAGAUCCACAUUUGGGAUUUUAUUACAUGCUUGCUGCUUCCAAGUUGGAUGAUGCAGAAGCAUGUUACCAUGUUGGUACCUAUUUCAUAAAUGCAAUGAACUACUUGGCUGGAGAAGAAUUAGAACCUGAAAAGUAUAAUUUUAUCAAAUCAUCUAGUUUUCUCUAUGGAACUGAAUAUGACAAGGAAACAAAUACAUUCAUUUUCUUAGAUGAGAAAGCAAGAAAGAAGAAAAAAUUACAUCUCGAAGGAAAAGAAAAAUUACUCAAACCAAAGCUUUCACAAGAAGAAUAUUUGAAAUAUCCAGGAAUAACACAAGAUGUACUUUACUUCAAGCUUAAAGAAAACGAAAAACUCGCUGUGGAAUAUUUGAAGAAAGCAGCAGAUUUAGGAGAUGUGGAAGCUCAAGUUAUCAUGGCAAAAUUUUAUUUGGAAGGUAAAGCUGGAUUAACAUCAAAUUUGAAACUAUCCAUGCAAUAUGGAGAGAUGGCUGCUAAUCAAAAUAGUCCUCAUGCUCUGUUCAAUAUUGCGAGCAUUUAUUUACUUGGAGUGAAAUCACAAGUUCCAAAACCAGGUUUUGAAGAUUUAACUGCUUACCAAUUGCAUCAUACUCCGAAUGCUACCGAAACAUUUGAAGUCCAAAAAGAUGUGAAUAAGGCAAUGGAGUACUAUUCUAAAGCAGCCUCAUUGGGCUUGUCAGAAGCAGCCUAUAUGGUCGGUCAUGCCUAUCAUCAUGGACUCUAUAACCUGCCUCAAAACACUGAAAAAGCCGUUCAAUUUCUCAAUCAAGCCGUGAAUAACUCACAUGCAGAAGCAGCUUACUAUUUGUACCUCAUGUAUGCUACUGGAGAAAACUGUGAAAAAGAUACCACCAAAGCAGAAGAAUACUUUACAACUGCUGUCAAACUACAUAGCCCUAAUGCGCUCUACGAACUCGGUGACAGAUAUUUCCAUGGAAAGAAUGGAUACUCCGUUGACUAUGCAAAAGCAUUCGAAUACUUUACCAUGGCUGGAGAACUCAAGAAUAAGAACGCUCUAUAUUGUCUUGGAGUCAUGUAUUAUCAUGGCAUUCAUGUCCAAAAGAGCUUAAAAACAGCUUUUGAAAGAUAUACACAAGCAGCUCAAAUAGGUUCCAAAGAGGCAUAUCUUGCUCUCUCCGAUAUGGUGAGUAAGGGUGAAGGAGGAGUGCCACGAGACGAACACUACGCCAAGCAGCUCAAAAACACAUACGAUCGAAUGGUUGCAGAAGAAGAGGGAAGAACCAUGAACGACACUUUAAAUGUGAAUUCAGUGGCCGAUAGUAACUCUGGUGGCUGUGGCAAAUCCUCUUGUCAGUGUGCACAACAACCUACACAACAGGCUUAA